UUUUUUGAUUUAUAAAUGCUGUUUGCUUGACCUUGAGGCUUGAGCAUGAACGGCCCUCCAGUGGAUCUGUCCUUUAAAAACCUCAGCCAUAUUGCAGCCUCAAUGUUCCCAAAACCCCGAAAUGGCCUACGACCUAUAAGAACCAACUCAGAGAUGAAGUACGUGAGCUGCUCUUUGCGUCUCAGUUACAACAGCAUCCAGGACUAUUCUGGCCUCCACUGUAUGCUGAACCACUUCCUGGCUGAGCCAACAAAGCUCGGCUGGUUGGACCUGUCCUUCAACAAAAUCACAAGCAUAGAUACAGUUUUGUGUGAGCUACGUGAGCUGCGUGUGUUGUACCUUCACAGUAACUGCAUCUUGAGCCUGUCAGAGGUGGACAAGCUGGGAGAGUUGCAGUUCCUGCACACCAUCACGUUGCAUGGAAAUACCAUUGAUUCCAUCAAAGGCUACAGGCAGCAUGUGGUUUCUGCCCUGCCUAUGUUGAAGAAGAUGGAUUUCAGUGCUGUGACACGAGAGGAGCGAGUGUUGGCAAACAUUUGGAGUCCCUGCACCAACCAGGGCAAAAUUGCUGGAUGGCCAUUGUGAUAUAUUUGAAGUCCUAAAGUGCCUGCUGCCAGCUGGAUUUCUUUCCCUGUGUUGUUGAUGAAUUAAAAACACAU